CCUUAUUUUGACUUUCUCUCUUUCUGUUAGGUUUUUAUUUCUAAUUCUAAUUCUAAUUUUCGUUAUUUUUUCGCUUUCCCCCUUUUCCAUUCUUCUUCAUCAUCGCUAUCUCUCUCACAACACUGAUUAUUCUCAUAUUGAGAUUCGCAAAGAUCUAAACUUCACAGCGUUUUCGCGCGACGCAUAAUGUCUUACGCAUAUCUCUUCAAGUACAUCAUCAUCGGUGAUACCGGAGUUGGGAAGUCAUGUCUUCUACUUCAAUUCACUGACAAGCGCUUUCAACCCGUCCAUGACUUGACUAUUGGUGUUGAAUUCGGGGCCAGGAUGAUCACAAUUGAUAACAAGCCGAUCAAGUUGCAAAUAUGGGAUACGGCUGGUCAAGAAUCCUUCAGAUCUAUUACAAGGUCUUACUACAGAGGGGCUGCAGGUGCACUACUUGUCUAUGAUAUAACCAGGAGGGAGACAUUUAAUCACUUGGCUAGCUGGUUGGAAGAUGCAAGGCAGCAUGCAAAUGCAAAUAUGACAAUUAUGCUAAUCGGCAACAAGUGUGAUCUUGCACACAGACGGGCUGUAAGCACAGAGGAAGGUGAGCAGUUUGCAAAGGAGCAUGGGUUGAUAUUCAUGGAGGCCUCAGCAAAAACUGCUCAGAAUGUUGAAGAGGCAUUCAUAAAAACGGCUGCAACCAUUUACAAGAAGAUUCAGGAUGGAGUUUUCGAUGUUUCGAAUGAGUCAUACGGAAUAAAAGUUGGAUAUGGUGGAAUUCCUGGACCAUCUGGCAACAGGGAUGGCCCUUCGGCUGCAGGUGGAGCCUGCUGCAGUUGAAGUGAAGGACAUGCAUCUUAUUUGCUUCAAUGUAGUCCUUUAUGUAUUCACACUUUCCUUCUACUUUGACUUUGGAUAUGAAAGAUAUAUAUGUUUCUCCAUCCGUUGAUAAAGUUAGUUAAUUGUAUAAUGUUUUCUUUCUAAUCUUGAUUUGUUUCUUGAACGUAAACCGAUUAUUUGUCUCUGUAUUUAUUUUUGUGUAUAAUUGAUUUAUAUGUUGCUUCAUUCUUAAUCA